GAGUGUGAUUUUUCAUUGUUUUACUUGAAAUACUUACGUUAAUACGAUAGUGGUGUAGGGCAAAGUUGAAUGAACCUUUAUUGAAACGGGCGGGCAAAAUUUCUAAAAAUACUAACUUGUGAAUAAUACUGGCCGUGUAAAUAGGAGUUUUCCGGUCUGUCGGGAUGGUGAAAGCAUUCCAGUCCAUUCCGGUUCGUGUAUUGAAGUACCGAUCUCCUUCGAGUUUCCGCGCUUAUAGUUUUCUUCUUUGAAGAAAAGUUUAUAAAGAAGUUUCUAAACGACACCCGGUAUUAAAAAGUUGCAUUGUUUCGAAAAUUGAAAUAAAAAGUAGCUUCACUUUUAAUUACGAAAAGUAAAAAAAGUUGAAGUGCAAGAUGACUCGAGGUCCAACAAUAGUAAGGGUAGCACCUAGCGAUGGCAAUGGCGUGAAGUGCUGUUGCUGCAGGUGCUGCGAAUGUUUCAACUUGGGAUAUCUCAUUAGUCAGCAUGGACUAAUUAAGUUAGCCGAAGCGAUGUUAGGCGGUCUUUGCCAAACACUUCUGGUAAAGUACGGUAUGUACGAGGCGGGCCUAAUGGGCUCCGCGUUCUUUGGCUUCCUCACCACAGCGUCUUCUUGUCUGCUUGUCACGGCGCUGCUCAUCACCUGCUACACAGUGUCUUCUAAAUCUCAGCAGCUUAUUAGACAGUCGAUUUUUAUCUUUUCUAUUGGAUUUUUUAAUUUUCGAAUGUCUAUUCAAUGCCGUGGCGUGUUUUCUGUACCUAUCGGCAUCUUCGUAUGUGUGGGUGGCUGUGCACUUGAAUAAUGUAUUUACGAACUCUGGAGCCCCUGCAAUGACCGCUGUUAACUCCAUAGGAGUGGUGUUAGGAAUCCUGUACGGUAUGGACGCUUACAAUUCCUUCAAGUAUUAUAAAGGCUAUCGAUAGAUUUAUAAGAUAUCGAUUUUAUACUAAUUGUAAUCACUAUCUGUUCUUUCUUAAAAUAAGUUAAAAAGUCUUAAAGGAAGUUUAAAACAGUUACUGCCAUUCCACAUUUAAUUAGAUUACAGUUUAUAUGUCGCACUUAAAAAUCAAUUAUUAUCAUUAUGUUACUUAGUUUAAGAAAAAUAAUCGAAUAAUUAUGUACGUCUGUAUUCAAUAUACUUAUACAAGUUUUA